ACGUAAAUCUGCAGUUGAAAAAUAAGUAGCCAUGGCUGUCGAUCUUGAACUGAAAAAGGCUUUCCAGGAGCAGCAGAUCCGUAUGAUUGAGACGACGCAGCAGCUCAAGAUAGCUGACAUGCAGGUGGAGCAGCUGAAGAGAAAGCAGCAGCAUUGCCGACUGACGGCCGCAGAGCUGGGCGCCCUUCCCGGAGAAACCAGGGUCUUCGAAGGAGUAGGAAGAAUGUUCUUAUUGCAAGACAUGGAGGGAAUUCAAUCGGUACUUGCAAGCAGAGUCAAUGAGGCAGAGAAACAAGUACAGAAAGUGCAGAGUAACAAGACCUACCUUGAACGAACAUUGAAGGACAGCGAAAGCAAUCUCAGGGAACUGGUUGCGUCGAAAAGAGCAGCGAAACCCUAGCGUCACGUCCAGCAGUAGAUCCAGUUAGCUUGUAUGAUAGUAGUCAUCUGUUUAUACACAUGUAGAACUAGACAGGAAAGAGUGAUGCUGUGUUUUCUAUUAUGUUAUCUUGAGAAACAGAAGGGCGAUAUGGACUUUGUAGGCAUCAAGAGACCUUCUGUUUCUGAUCUCGUGAUAUUAUUUAUGCUUUUUUAAGCCCACCAUGCACUUUGUUAUUGCAGCUUUUUUUUUUUUUUUUUUUUAAUAUAUAAAUUUUGCAAAGGGAUCUAUGUUGAGAGGCAUGCUGAGUCUCUCUUGUCUAGGGUUUGGUUAAUCUCAAGAACUGGGAACUGUAAUGUUUGAUAUUGAAGAUCUAUUGAUGAUGGUGAAAGUCUUAUUUCCCUGGAGUUGGAUCGAGUUAAGCACGUUGGUCUGUCAGCAUCUCAACUCUGCAAAUCCUCAAGAAUGCAAUUGUCAUGGCAAAUCCAAUUACAAUUAAGAUAUGUCCUGUACUAUUUCACUUCUACAUGAUUGUCUUACUCUUAGUAAUGUGAUCAGAUUUGGGUGCUGCCAUGAAACUAGGAUUUGGGAGAUCCGUCAGAAUGUCAAGGUUGAGUUCUGGGAAGAAGUGAAAUGUUUUGUGAGCGUUUUCAUUGUUAUUAAUACAAAUGUGGAAGAACAUCAGAGAAAAAAACAUUCCCUGAAAAGCAUGGCUCUUCAAAUGACUUCAGAUUUUAAAUACGACAUGUAACAGCUUAAAAAUGUGGGCCUCAUUUUUACAUCACAUGUUUGUGUAGUCCCAUAUACAACUUUCUGUGUACAGUGCUCGUUACUUUUUACCAAGAAUGGCUAAAUUUCUCAUCAUUUGAUGAUUCCAGAACCUUGCAGAACACACCAAUACUUAUAUGCUACAAAAUUGCUACAGGAUCAACCUUUUCUGAUUGAUUCAUCACAGUUUCUUUCACAAUGCAAUCGCAUGACCAGAACUCAACUUUAUCUUUGAGCCAAGUAGAUUAGACAUGGUGUAGGGUACUCUUUUUCACUAUUGAAAAUAUAUUGAUUAAAAUGUUCAAAGGCUGAUAAAAAGAAAAGGAUAAGUGGCUAGUAACCAUAAGUACUGUGUAGCUGUACACAUAAUAUUCUUAUCAAUUCUUUAAUGAAAAUGAACAUUCCUUUCCAAAAUUUUGGUCAUUUUUUGUAAGUUCUCUACCUUGUCUGUGGCAGCUAAAGUACAGAGCCUAUGCAGUAUGCUUCCAGCCUAGUCUCAGAGCGCAGACACUGUUACGCACAGCGACUGACAAGGGUUUGUGCCUGCAAGUUAAGCAUUUCUAAUGGAAUACCUUUUGUUAUAUGUUUUAUGAUACAAGAAUACUUACAUCUGUAUUGUAUAAUGUGUGUCAAAAUCGCUUUUGCAUGAAGAACUAGCAAAUACAAAUGUUUCUGAGCUAAUCCAACUUUCUGGUCUACUUAAGAAGUGGGGGGGGGGGGGGGGGUAAAUCUCAACAACGCAAAGAAAGUUUUCUAAACAGAACUGCCUGCAUUCCUUCGCGGGGGCGAUAGUAAGUGAAAAUUGUUGUUUUGUCUCUGUGAUGUUGCGAACACCAUAUACUUGCAUCAGCGAAAAGAUGUAUGUGUUGCUUCUUCUGGUAUUUAAACAAAGGCAUGACAUAGAAAGGGAGCAAGUGUGUGGGUAAGAUGUCUUGAAUAGGGACUUUUAGAUUUGCGUGGACUGAAACAUGUGACGUCCAUUCAAGGCAGUGCAUUAAAAGGACGUCGAUCGUAGCAAUCCCCAUUGUCUUUGUGCGAACCUAAAAGUCCCUAAUGUCUACCGUUAUGUUGCUUGUACUGAAUUAUCAGUGAUUGCAAUUAUUGUAAUAAAGGUGUAUUGAGUAUGCAAUAUCCA